UCGUGAGGGAGGCAGCGCCAGGCAAGACCUGUGGAAGCAUAGUUUCACCAUAGACAACUUCCAUGCCACCGCUGAUUUUUCCCCAUAGCGCCUGAGGCGGCAUAGAGGCAGCACAGGGGCAGGGUGGCCCAGCCGUGUGCACCCACGACCCUGUACGACUAGGUGUCGCUCCAGAGGCCCUUUCCCCCACUGCGGAGCCUACGAAGCACAACUUGCAAGAAAAGCCAGUGGGAGUGGGAAAGACCCUGCCUAUGCUUCUCUCAAACUGAGUCUAUGAGGAGAAGAGCUUAUCUCACCAAAGGGAAAAGCUAUUACUGGUUCUAAUACCCUUCUUUAGCCCACGUCAGUGGCCUGAUCCAGUACUUACCAUUCAUGGGGGAACAUCCUCUGGAGCCCUAUGGUCCUUCCCAAUCCUGCUAAAUUCCUGGGAAAUAGUGGCGAAGUACUGAGCCCAGAGAAAACAACGUGGGAUCCACAGAACAACAGCCUUUUACAGCAGCAGCCACUUCUGAUUAAAUUUAUCAGCUUCACCAGACUGCACCAAGACGCAAGAUUGCUCCUCCAAGGAAAGAGAGGACUAAGCAAUGAUGAAGACCAUGUCUGGUGGAAACUGCACCCUGAAUGUGCCAGCCAAGAACUCGUACCGCAUGGUAGUGCUGGGAGCUGCCAGAGUGGGGAAAAGCUCCAUUGUCUCACGCUUUCUCAAUGGCCGGUUUGAGGACCAGUACACUCCCACCAUUGAGGAUUUUCAUCGCAAAGUCUACAACAUUCGGGGAGAUCUGUAUCAGCUGGACAUCCUGGACACCUCUGGGAAUCACCCUUUCCCUGCUAUGAGGAGGCUUUCCAUCCUGACAGGAGAUGUUUUCAUCCUGGUAUUCAGCCUGGACAACAGGGAAUCCUUUGAUGAGGUCAAGAGGCUCCAGAAACAGAUCCUUGAGGUCAAAUCCUGCCUGAAGAACAAGACCAAGGAAUCAGCUGACCUCCCCAUGGUGAUCUGCGGAAAUAAAAAUGACCACAGUGAAAUCUUCCGCAAGGUACGCUCAGAUGAAGGUGAGAACCUUGUCUCCAGUGAUGAAAACUGUGCUUACUUUGAAGUUUCAGCCAAGAAGAAUACCAAUGUGGAUGAGAUGUUCUAUGUACUCUUCAGCAUGGCCAAGCUACCUCAUGAGAUGAGCCCUUCCCUCCACAGGAAAAUCUCCAUCCAGUAUGGUGACCCUUUCCAACAGAAAUCCUUCCAGAUGCGCCGAGUCAAGGACAUGGAUGCCUAUGGCAUGAUCUCUCCCUUUGCUCGCCGGCCAAGCGUCAACAGUGACCUGAAGUAUAUCAAAUCGAAAGUUCUCAGAGAAGGUCAGUCCAGGGAAAGAGAGAAAUGCACGAUCCAGUGAAGGCAGCUUGCACUUCUGUCUGAAGUCGUCAUCCACAUGCAGUGCCUUAAAGAAAAAUGGUCUGUGGUGGCACAGAAUGGGCUCAUGGGUUCAUUGAGAAAACCCAGCAUGGAGAAAGAAUAACUCUUCCUGUGGAUUAUGCUGAGUCACAAAUGUAAAUAACAUCAUCCUUGUAAACAACCAGGAAAAAUCAUAUGUCUGAGAUAUGAGUGCAUUUCUCUGCCUUUGUACUGUAGUUCCCCUUCAUUCCCUUUUUUGUUUAAAGAAUACAGACCUGAGAAGACUUUUCAACCUCAUCCUUACAAUGAAAGUACGUCAAAAAUGCACAGAAGGCAUUAAAAGCCACCCAGCAUGCAGCUCUUGCUAAAAGAGAGGAGUGUGUGUGUGUGUGUGUGUGUCUGUACAUAUGUGUGCAUGCAUGUGUGGAGCACUCCUUUAAAAAACUGGGACUUGCAUUUCAAAGGGAAGCAGUCUUAACUGAGGUUUCCCAGAUUGGGAGUAGACUCUAGAUAAGAACACAUGACUCUAACUUGCUUCUGAGGGGACCUGCGUUAAGAUGGUCUUUAUUUUAUGUUUGUUGGGACAAUUACCAUUUGACAUGGACAUGAAUGUUGUUCUGUAUUAUAGAUUUUAUUUGGGAUUUUUUUUAAUUUUUUUUUUUAUUGUCUGGGGUGGGUUCUUAGCAAAAUCAGAUGGCAAGUGCAUUUGACAUCAAAACAGUGUCUUGCUAGCAGUGGAAGUUGUUUUUCAUCUGUAAAACUAUAUAAUACAUACAUUGAUUGAAAGUGAAAUUGUUCUGCAAAAAGCCAAUACAUUGGACUGCUUUGAAAGUCUGGUGUGAUUGUUUCUCAAAGCAGCAACACUGACUCUGAAUACCAUAAUACAAAUGUAACUCUUUGCCUUGCUAGCCACCAGAGCAAUGGUUCCUUCCUCUGCCUGUAUCAGCUGAGACUGACCAGAUUCAUAUGUAGCCUUAGACCACUUCAGAGGCAGGAUUGGGUUUUCCUUCAAAAUUAAGAACUGAACAGUGGUAGGGCCAGCUCCAUCAUAUUUCUUCUGUUAACAUGCCUCUAGGCAUUUCAUUCGUGGUUUUCUCUGUUGUCUGAUAAAAGGUUGCCUUGAUAGAAACCUGUGCACUGCAGAAGUCCUUCAGAAGAGAAGUUUUGCGCUGACUGUCCAAACAGGGCUGAACUGGCUGGCCAGAUAAAUCUGGGGCCAUCCAUUUACUUCUUCCCUUUAUCAGCCCAGUCUAGGCUUCCUUGUCUUUAGCUCUCUCCUUGUUCUGCUCUGGCUUUGUUGUUUUAUGUGCUCCUUUAUGUCCUCAAAGCCCAAUAUAUUCUCUCAGAUGUGAGCUUGCUACUCUCACUGACUGGAAUGAGAUGUGUGCAGACAUAACUGUGGGAAAAGCAUGGCCCCAAGACUGUACGCAACAGUAGAGUUAUACAUACCUCAGAAUUAUCUUCAGAUAUCUUGUCCCCUGACUCACUCUCAAAUUCUGUUCUUGGCUGUAUCUGCCUUGCUGUGUCCUGGACAGAGCUGUGAGCUAGUUCGUGCUAUAAUUUGACAGGAAAUCUAGAAUGAUGGUUGUCUGUAAAGUUUUACAAACUUAACCUCUGGGACUCAAAAUCCCAUAUUCAUUUAUCAGCUUCACUCUUCAUUAGUGCUGUAUAUUGACUGGUAAAAUACAGUGUUCUUUUAUUCCUGUUGCCAGGGCAGCACCUUUCAGACCACAUUUCCCCUCCCUAUCUA